CUUCGAACGUCUCUGGUCCAGAGAUUGUCCGAAGACCGGACUCGAACACAGCGAGGACACCGCGUUUUGUAGGCUUCGACGGUGGACCUUCCAUAGCCCGAUAGCCCGAGAAGUCGACCGGUGACAGCGUGGAAUCGCCAACAGCAGCCUGCAGCGAUUCCCGACAACAAGCAGUCAACGUCGUUGCAGCGUGCGCGAUCGCAUUUCUCAGUGAUGGUUCUGACACGAGAGCCAUCUGAGCCCACGAGCUCGGCCGUCGCUGUGAUGCUUUGAGCUUUCGACAUUUCUUUCGUCGAGCACCUUCAGACAAGUACAGAACUGUGAAAAUGUUGCGGUGUCCGAAGUGCAGAGUUUACGUGCUCGUUCUCGCACUCGAGCUGCUGCUGGUGAGCGGAAAUUCGCAUCGUGAAGCGGCCUCUGAAGGCGACAGGCCGCGCAUGGUCGAAGCAGACGAGGCCGUUGUGGCUGCGGACCACAGAAUUUGCUCGGAUUUGGGUGCGCGAGUUUUGAAGAAAGGUGGACAUGCGGUCGAUGCCGCUGUCGCAGUUGCUCUGUGCCAAGGAGUUGUCAAUCCCGGGGCCAGCGGAAUUGGUGGAGGCGAUUUCCUGCUUCUUCGCUUGGCAGAUGGCACUGCCGAGGCUUACGACAUGCGAGAGACCGCGCCUUCCCUUGCCACUGAGGACAUGUACGAGAAGAACAGAAGCGCGAAAGCGUUGGGGGGAUUAUCCGUCGGAGUGCCGGGUCAGAUAGCUGGUCUCCAUAUGGUGUGGAAGAAGUACGGCCGACUGCCUUGGAAGUCUCUGAUCCACCCAUCGAUUCAGCUCUGCGCUCGUGGUUUCGCCGUGGAGCCGUACUUGGCGAAUGAAAUCGUGGUGAAUUCCGCGAGGAUACUGGCAGACAAAGGACUGAGAGACGUGUUCGCGCCCAACGGGACUCUGUUGCAAGCAGGAGAUUUUUGUUACAGGAUUCAGCUCGCCAAGACACUAUCACAGAUUGCCAAGCACGGUCCGAGUGUUUUCUACGCUGGGCCGAUCGGCAGGAAGCUGGCACGAGACGUGCAGGCUGCAGGAGGAAUCCUGACUCUGCAAGAUCUCAACAAGUAUAAAGUCAUCGUCCGACAGCCUCUGGUGGCUGACACCUGGGGCUACACCAUUCUGGGCAUGCCCCCUCCUUCAUCUGGAGGUGCCGGCCUAGCACUCAUUCUGAACAUCCUGGCAGCGUAUAGAAACGUAAGUGAUAUGAAGGGCACGGUGGGUGUCCACCGCCUAGUUGAAGCUUUCAAGCACACAUAUGCACUGAGAAUGCACUUAGCGGAUCCGGCAUUUGCCGACGUGAACUCGGUUCUGAAGGACAUGCUUUCACCGGCUUUUGCAGCAGAGUUGCAGAUGAGCAUAGACGACAACAGGACUCGUGAGCCCAGGUUUUAUGGUGGCAGAUGGGGCCUGGUGGAAGACCACGGGACGAGCCAUGCGUGCGUCGUCGACCGAGAGCGCAAUGCAGUGUCCAUGACGGGAACGAUCAACUACUCGUUCGGAGCCAAGCUGUUGUCAGUGUCGACCGGCGUGAUCUUGAACAAUGAGAUGGAUGACUUCUCCACCCCCACUGACAACACUACGGAUGCCCUUCCGCCUGCUCGAGUGAACUUCAUCAGACCCCACAAGAGACCCUUGUCCACCAUGUCUCCGACCAUCGUUCUGCAGAAGGGUCAACUGAGGGCUGUUUUGGGCGGAAGUGGGGGUAUAAAGAUUUUGACGACGGUUGCCCAAGUUCUGCUGAAUCAUUUGGCUGGACGGGACCCUCUGGAAGCUGUUUCUUUACCACGAGUGCACCAUCAGCUUGAACCCAAUUGGGUGUCCUACGAGAACUUCACAAAUGUGAGGGCCGAGCACAUAGAGGUCUCACUGAAGACCAGACUAGGACUUAUACGACGAGGCCACGAGCUGAAAAGCUCGAGCCAGGCGGUUUGUCAGUUUGUCCUACACGACUUAUCUAAUCCAGUUGUUCCAUACAACAACCAAAACGGUAUCUUCAUCGGAAAGCUCACAGCGGUUAGUGAUCUCAGAAAGGAUGGAUAUCCUGCAGGAUAUUAACAGACACGGAAUAUAUCAUCGCGAAGUAAACGACACUUUCUGGUUUACAGAUUGGCUUCUAAAAGUAGGAAUGGCAAUCCAAAGCAGCGUCCAGAAGAUGAGGAAUAAGCUGUAGGAAUGGUGGGUAUCCGAUUGUACUGCACACCGCACGGUGCACAUUCACACCAGCGACAAAACCUGCUCUUUUGAUACUGAAACAGACAUUGCUCACUACCCUGCGGCCGGCCUUUCGCCUUUUGUUCCAUGGAUUCACGCAAGAAGCCCACAUUUGUACCAAAUCAAGAUGAUUCAAGAAUCCAUGCCCGUACACACGUGCAGACUGUACAGUGGAAGCCGUUUGACGGCAGACACUCUUUCGACACACAUCUCAUUCUGAUCUAGAAACUGAAGUGUCUUUACAGGACAGCAGUUUUUCUCUCUUAUCGUUCGAUUUCCGGUCCAUACAGGCGAGUUGUGAUUCUGACGAUCUCGUCACACCCCUGACAAGAAGAGUUCCUAUGUGCCCAUGAUCCCGAAGUUGUAUGGAAGCUGUCCCGA